CGAAUCAGCGGCCUUAUGCUUAAGCAACUUUUUUUAUUCCCCUGUUUCCUUUUUAGCAGAUGUUUUGCAGUUGUGUGUGCGAGCGUUGCAUAUAAUCGGCAGUACGCUGUAUUACGUUCUUUCACUCGUGUGGUUAUUUUGUGUGAUGAAUGCGGUACGAUCUUCGUGCAAGAUGAAUGAUAAAACAUCGGAGGUGCGCUGAGCAGAUGGUGGCCAGGUGACAGUGGCAGCCCAUGGCGGGGCGUCAUUCCGAGGGGGGGUCUCCCAGCAGCCCCCCCAAGGAGGAGGAGCUCCGGCCAGCGGCGGGGGCAGGCCGCACCCUGGCUGUCCAGGUGCACUUGCUCGAUGACACAGUGAACACAUUCAAUGUGCAGUACAAGGCGGCCGGGCGUGUUCUGUUUGACCAAGUCUGCCGAGUCAUCAACCUGCUUGAAGUGGACUACUUUGGCCUGGAGUACGCUGAUAGCAAUGGGACCAAGUACUGGCUGGACAAUGAGAAGCCCAUGUGCCGCCAGAUGGGCCUUUCUAUGGUGUCACCUGUCAUGUACUUUGCUGUCAAGUUUUAUACGCCUGAUCCAUGUCAACUUGAAGAGGAGUUUACAAGGUACCUGUUCAGCCUGCAGAUCAAGAGGGACCUGUCACAAGGUCUCCUUCAGUGUAGCGACCCCACUGCUGCACUGCUGGCCUCUUACAUCGUCCAGGCUUCAUGUGGGGAUUAUGUGGCAGAAGACUACCCUGAUGCCUCGUACCUGUCAAGCUACAAGUUUGUGCCCCACCAGGAUGCAGAGCUUGAGGCACGCAUCAUGGAGUGCCAUCAGAGACAUGUGGGCCAGAGUCCGGCCCAGGCAGACCUCAAUCUGCUGGAGACGGCACGUCGCUGUGAGCUGUAUGGGGUGCGGCUGAGCCCUGCCCAUGACUCCGAGGGCCUCUCUCUCAAUCUGGCAGUGGCCCACAUGGGUGUCAUAGUGUUCCAGGGCACCACACGCAUCAAUACCUUCUCCUGGGCCAAAAUCCGCAAGCUGAGCUUCAAGCGCAAGCGCUUCCUCAUCAAGCUCCACCCAGAGGGAUACGGCUACUACAAGGACACUGUGGAGUACUUCUUUGAAAGCCGCAAUGAAUGCAAGAACUUCUGGAAAAAGUGCAUAGAGAACCAUGCAUUUUUUCGCUGCACUGAGGUUAAAAAGAGCCCCCGGCAGAAAGCACGGCUCUUCAGCCGAGGCUCAUCCUUCAGGUAUAGUGGUAGAACGCAGAAGCAGAUUGUUGAAUAUGUUAGGGAGAACUAUGUCAAGAGGCAGCCCUUUCAAAGGUCAACAAGCCUGCGCUUACCAUCUCGUGGUAGCGCUGGCACUUCAGACAAUGAGGAGAACAUUCUGUCAGCAGCUGCCGCAACCUCAGAACCGAGUUCUCCACGACGGGACACAAGCCGUGAAACACCUCGCCUUCCUGAGGGUGCUGUGACACCUAGCCAGGACACAGAUGACAACAUCUCACAUGAUUCAUAUCGUCUGGAGGAAGGGGACUCGUCCAUCGCUGCACCCACACCAAGUGCCGACAAUUCAAUUGCCCUUGAUUUGAGCCCUCCUACUACAUUGCCAGUGUGCUCGUCACCGAGCACAGCCUGCGUGAGGGAAGAGCACAGCCCAGAGCAAGUGCCACCACCAAACAACAACAACUUGCAUUGUGUUAGCAACGACGGAAUGCUUUCAACAUCCUGCUACAAACAGGACCUGGCUGGUGAUGCCUGCAGAAAGAUGUUUCCGCUGGAGUACUUUGUUAGCAAGGAGCUGCUGAUGACAGAACGCAGCUACAAGAAGGACCUGGAAGUGGUAGUCGUGGCCUUUCGGGAAUGGGCUGAAAAACUUGGCUCAUCUGAAACAGCCUCACUUUUCUCACUGCUUGCACCCAUCUACAAGCUGCACUGUGGUCUGCUUCAUGAACUUGAACAGCAAAUGGCUUCUUGGGACAGCAAGCCAGUUUCUUCCACUGCUCAAGGCAUUGGUGCGCUCAUGCUGGACUACUUACACUUGCUGGAGCUGGAUGAGCGGUACCUGGAGAUGCUGCCCCACAUUCUGGAGCGCCUGUACGCAGGACCACACUGUGAGCAGUUGUGCCGAGAGUUUGAGCUGCUGCGGGACUGCUACCUGCCCUUGUCGCUGUUCCUUCUGCGUCCAUUGCACCGAAUAUUCCACUACUGCGCCCUCUUUGAAAGGCUGCACAGCUGUUAUCCACCUAGCCAUGCUGACAUUGCUGCUAGCCAAGAAAUGCUGCAGCAGCUCAGGAGGUUCACUACAUGCCACAAGGAGGCCCUGCAUAGAUUGGAGAACCACAUCAAGAUGACUGAGCUGGAGCGGGACCUCGUUGGUCUGGACAACGUCAUUCAGCCUGGAAGGGAGUUUGUGCGAGAAGGAUGCCUGCAGAAGCUUUCAAGGAAGGGCUACCAGCAGAGGAUGUUUUUUCUGUUCUCCGACAUGCUGGUAUAUGCAAGCCGUGUGUCUUCCUCUGGGCCGCGGCUUCAGUUUAAAGUGCAUGGACAGCUACCACUGCAGGGACUCAUGGUUGAGGAAACAGAGCCGAAAGCUGAAGCUGCCUUUCGCUUUACCAUCUAUGCUGCCAAUCGUGCCCUCAUGGUUGCUGCAGGGUCAGAGGAGGAACGACAGCGAUGGAUACAAGACCUGUGUGGCUGCAUUGAGAUGGCCCGAGACCACAAAGGCCUGUACUACACAAGCCUCAAAUCCUGCCACUCGUCAGAUGAGCGGCUAGAUAGGUCAGGGGCAGAAAGCAUGCGGCAUUCUAACUCGGCACAGAGCCCAGUCCAUGCCACCACCACAUUGCACCUCUGCUGGCACCGCAACACAAGCAUUGGCCGAAGCCAGUACCAGCAGGCAUUUCUGCACUACCUCAGUGGCUACCUGCUGCGCAAGUUCAAGAACAGCAGUGGAUGGCAGAAGCUGUGGGUGGUGUUCAGUAACUUCUGCCUCUUCUUCUACAAGUCCUUCCAGGAAUCUGUGCCCCUGGCAAGCCUUCCACUGCUGGGCUACACAGUAGCACAGCCUGGUGACCAGAUGGGCAAGCAGCACGUCUUCAAGCUGCAGUACCGCAGCCAUGUUUACUUCUUCCGUGCUGAGAGCGAGUACGCAUAUCAGAGGUGGAUGCACGUUAUCAGCAGUGCAGCCGUCAAGAAAGCCUGAAUUUGCAAGCAACUGAAGAACAGCAUGUGUUAGCUGCUCUGGCAUCAUGGGAACAGCACAAGACAUUAAUGCAAACAUACUAUGAUGUAUACCUUAGUAUGACUUAUUGUUGGGCUAGUUGGUAUAUGCUACUUAAAGUGAAUUAGACACACAGCAUUAGUGGAAGAAAAACUGACGGUAGGACAGGGUGUCCUGUCCUACUGUCAGUUUUUCUUCCUCUGAUCCUUUGUGUCUAAUUCACUUCAAUUAUACUAUGGUGUGUUGCCUGGACAUAGUGUUUCUGGCCUGAGCUUCGAGAUAGCGCUGAAGCCCGGACUACAAAUGUAGCAUGACUUGGUUUAGGACAGAAAAAGAUGUUCCCUGACAUCAUUGCUAUCCUUCCGGCUUUUUGCAGCAAUAUGUAGACGUGAAAAGAAAGCUAAUGUUGCCAUCACUGCUUCAUCAUUUUGGCAUUGAGGCAGUAGGCCAGCUCCACUCUGAGACAUUCUUGCAUUUUCAACCACAAUGGACAAGUUGGUAUUUAAAGAAUGAUGGUUCAGUGCCUCUUGCUUUAUGUGCAUGCAGUAAUAUUUGGAUCCCUGGUCAAUCACUGGAAAGGUGCGUUCCAGUGUUUAGCUGAUGGUCAAUAUGAUGCUAAUGCAAGGUGUUGUCACAAUGUCUCUGAAGUGACAACACUGCAAGAUACUGAAAUAUGGUGCUAGGCACUCUAAAAACUUCACCAUUCAUUUUACUGACAUUCAUUGUGUUUAGUGGCUGUCCUGCUUUGUUUAUACUUUAGAGCUUGUUUCUUAGUGUUAGAAAAAGAAAAUAGAAACUAAAAUUGUGUGCAUGCAUGCAUCUUGGUAAGACUGUGCGAGAUUCAGAAACUGUUCCAACAAGCCUUACAAGCAUUGGGGUGCUAAAGCACCUGCGAAAUUUCGUUGGGCACAUACCUGUGGGCUGUUGGCCAAUCCAUCAUGAAUACAUUCCAGCCCACAGUGUGCAGCUGUUGUUCGUAUGUAACUUUCUCAUUCUCCUUAGCUUGGAACAUUUAAGGAGGAGGGCUCUCGGAAAGCAUUCCAGCAGAGGCACAUAAUUCCCAGGGCAAUUUUUUUGUGGAAAUGAGUAAUUACAUUGUCUUACAAAUUCUUAUAAACCCUGUUUGGACAGUUUUCCUUAUUAUGACUCGUGUUCGUUGCUGUCAUUGUGGUUAAGAACAUUCUUAAUAGAAAUUAAGGAUGCUUUGCAGUAACAUGCAUGUGUUUUCACACUCAUUGUUGUCACUUGUAUAUUGAAAACACGGAUGCAUCUUAGUUAGCUGAAAGCUGAGGCGAACAUGUGAUUUUAAUAUGUCUUAUUUUUGCCUCAUUCUUGGUUGCUGUUUGGGGGAAUUAAUUCUUUUGCCUUGCUGUUGAAUCUGUACUCGCUGGCUUUCUCUGUUGUCUACGAUUGUUUCUAAUUUCCAUGGCCCUUCUCUGUAUAUAUAGCUUUCAUUCCAAACAAAGCUCCUCUGACCAUUGCUUUUUGAUGUGCUGUUGUGCUCUAUGCAAAGUUUCUUCUGCUGUAAUGUCUAUUCUGCAUGUCAAACAGGCCUCUUAUUCAGUACAAUCAGUACAUAUUUUGUAAAAAUGCAGUUAAGCCUUAACAAAUUAUUAGAUAUAAAGAAAUAAAUUUAAAUUUUGGUUGAUCAUGUUUUUGUGAAAUGACGUAUUCUCCUGCUGUAAUGACAAAUUUUUGUUUGCACAUGCCUUAAAAUAUAUAUUCUCGUAGCAAAAAUGUCAAAUACAGUCGCCAAACAAUUUUUCAGAUGUCUGAUUUUUCCAACCUGUGCAAUUAUUCGGGUUUUCUUACAGCAGCACCACCAGAAAUCGCUAGUUUGAUUUCAGGCUCGCAAUGAUACAGCGCUGGUUAGGCCAGCCUAAGAAAUGUGGCUGUGACGAAUAUUUCCCCAUAGUUGGCAGAGUGGCUGGUGGCAAAUUGCCAUGGGAAGUUCAUAAUCAGUGUUUGUACUUGUAGACUUGGUGAUCAAGCGUGAGAUCACAUGCCUAGGCUGGACUGGCAGCCAUAUUUAGGAUCCAUGUGCAGUCCCUCGCUCCUCGUCUGAAAAGUCUUUUGGGAGCAACUUGGCAAUAGCAACGUAAAAUAGCACUAAUUGCACAAUUGCAUAUUUGUGGUGGUCCAGAGCACAUGUAUCUAAUUUAUCAUUGUUUCUGUGCCUUAGAUCAGCAUAGUAAACUGCUGGCAAACCAUCAAAAUCUACUGCAGAUCCUUUGCUGGCUCAUUGGCAGCACUCUGCUUGCAUUUCUUACCUGUGGACCUGAUCACGCCCUUCCCCCCUCCCCCCUUGCCCCUUGGAUACCUGUGCAUAUGCUUGUUAUGAUCAUCGGUUAUAAGAAGGCAUUUUCUUGCCUGAUGUGGCUUUGUUAUAACGAGGUUUGACAGUGUGACAAUCCUAAAGGCUGAUGAUGGCUUAAAAAUCAUGCUUUAAAUGUCACUUAAUGCAGACACCUGUAAAAAUAUUCAGCUCUAGAAGAUGAGCACAUUUCACUGAUUGUGUGAAAUGAUUAAAAUAGAAUGAGUUGCUGUUACUGUGCAGUUCAUAGUUAAAAAUGCCCAUCUGCCAGCAGCAUCAACCAGUGUCACCACAUCUGGUUGUAUUAUUGGUCAUAUCCUAAUUUUUAAUUUUUUUUGUGUCGCUUUAGUGGACAGAUUCAGGCAAAAGCCAAGGACAUAAGCAUGAACCUACCAACUGAACACAUGCUAUCACAUUUAAACAGUUUUGCAGCCAUGUGUUCCUUGAGCAUUGUCUUAGAACUGCCAAUUGAUAACAUUGACAACCUUCACUGCACGAAAACUGUUGCGGAACCCCCCUUAACAGCUUUGCUGUAAAAGCAACAUCACAGAGGCAAGUGCCUAUUUUAGUGUUGCUACCAAUGUGUCACAAACUGUUUCCAGCAGGUGCACGGCAUUUCCAUAGUUGUUUUGGCUAAAUGUCCUGCUUUGCACAGGAACAAGUUUGAAACAAGACAAAGCACACCCUACACAGGUCACGUCCCAUUCCAAAGUUGUUCCUGUGCAAAGCAGCAUGUUUGUACAAAACAGUGUACAGUUAAACCUCAAUAUAACGGAGUAUUUAGCUUUUCAUAACCUGUUGUCCAUAAACCAUGUAUUUAGAACCUCAAUAUAACAAAGUAUGUUUGUAUGCGAUUUCAACAUAACGAAAUUUCGUUUCAGCUGAAAAGGAAUGCCGAUACAAUAAAUGGAAACUUCCGCGGACGCCGAUGGUCAAAUGAUUGAAUUACAAGCGUCUGCUUGAAAACGUACCAGUCAAAUCGCGUGUGGCGGGGCCAAAAUGAUCCCCGCAGUAGAGCCGCAUCAUGUUCUGUAAAAGUGCAAGUGCUGUAAGAUCCUAUCGCAGCCCGUGCACUUCGUGCUUUAAGUGCGAGUGAAAGUUUGCGAGAGUGAGACAAGGAAGAUGGUGGCUUCACGAGUGCCGCCUUCCCACGCAUAACACGAUCAAGAGCGUGCGGGGGGUGGGGUAAGUUGGCGCUUCUCAACUUUUGGCGCGUGUCUCGGCCGUGGCUGUGCAUGGUUGUAAGCGCGGCUGAGUGCAUAAGGCUGUCGCGCACCCUGCUUUAGAAGUAAUCUGCCGCAUGUGCAAAGAGUGGGCGUGCCGAGACGGCGUGGCAUCAUGCUGGCUAUCUUCCCGCGUAUUUAGUAUUGGAGGUUGCGUAAUCUCGAGUUUCGGUGACUCGAUGGAGCGAGAGGCAGACGAAGCAUUCGCUCCCCACUGCUGAUGCUAUCAGACGCAGAGGUGGAAUGCAUGCGAAAGCGUGGCUGGCUUCAACCGCUUACUUCAUACCACUGAUGUGAAGAUAUUGUCGACGUGGCAUGAAACCGUAUUAUUCAUCGCCGACUACCAAAUUCAUGAAAAUAAGUUGUUUUCCCAUUCAAAUUUGCUUUUUCCAAUUGUCCGAUAAUUUGGAAAAUUCUGCAGCCCCUUGUAAGAAAAAUCGAUUGGCGACUGUACUUAUUUGCAUAAAGGGUCGAAUUUCAAUACAACGAAAUUUCGAUAUGACAAAGCAAAUUGCCAAUUUUACCUAAUUCGUCAUAUAGAGGUUUGACUGUAUAACCAAUUGGCCCUGAUUGCAAGUCCUACUUGCACUAUUUUCAUAGUUUUAAGCAUCUUGUUGCAAUAAGAACAAAACAACCUAAGUCUUCAAAUUAAUGCAGCUGCCAAGCGAGCUGGCUUUAAUAGAAAGAAUGACAUGUGCCUUCUGCCCAUGUACCUUUGUGCUAGCAACAUUGUUUUAAUUAUGCAAAAAUCAAAGAUGUCUAUGUAUUUUAGGCUGUUAGCUGAAUGUUGAUUCUAAGUGACUGCUAGACUCGCCAUGGUGGUGUAGUGGCUUUGGUAUUGUGCUGCUAAGCCCGAGAGCACAGGAUCAAAUUCCGGCCAUGGCAGCCUCAUUUCGAUGGGGGGGAAAUGCAACAACACCCAUGUACCAUGCAUUGGGUGUACAUUAAAAGAAACACGGAUGGUCAGAAUUAAUCUGGAGUCCCCCAUUAUGACUUGCCUCAUACUCAUAUUGUGGUGUUAGUGUUUAAAACCACGGAAUUUAGUUUUAGUUUAAGUGACUGCUAACAAAAAGUCUCAGUCCGAAGGUAGCUUUGGUGACAACAGCUGCCUUUUUGACAAAUUGUAGACAAGAUGAGGCAAGCAAAUGAGCGCCUCAUGUCGUGAAGUGCCCUUGGCAAACGCAAUAUCUGCACAAUUCUGCAUGUCUAAUAUAGAAGGGAGAGCUGUGGAGCUUACUUUUCAUCACAAACUUUGCUGUCCUCUUCAACAAUGACACUUGUUGUGGCUUAACACCCAGAGGAACAUUGUGGGUUGGGAGGGAGAGAGCUAAUCUAAUUUUGACCUCUUGUGGUACCUAACUCUAAGCACAUGCUUGCAUUCUUGCAUUGUUGGAAUGUAGCUGCAAGGGUCAGGAUUUGAUGCCACAACCUCAAGCUUAGCCGCAGCGUGUGAGGCCCUUUUCUAGUGAUGCAACUUAGUAGUGCAAAAACAAAGGACAAGACAGAAGGGAAACAACAUACACAUGCGCUAAAGUAUCUUCUGGUGCUGCCCCAGAUAUUGAGAUGAGUUUUAUAUGAGAGAGAUAUGCAUGCCAAGUUGACUGGCCAUGAUGGACUUGGGAGAAAGCCAAGCUGCAGCCCUGCGACAUACUGUGUGCAAUGACUGGGAGAAUGGAGCAAAGAAAUGUAUAAAUGAUACACUUUCUGUAGGUCUUUGUUGCUCUGUGCUUAGACUUAGUGGUGGGAAAAUAAAAAUGGAGUUGCAUACCUUCCAUGCAUGAACCAGUCCUGUCUUUAUGUUCUGCCCCCUGUGUGAUCGUGUUUUUGAUGCUAAAGUCGUUAUUAUUUGACCUGAACAUGAGUUCACUGGUGCCAGGCUGCAUAACUUUGUUAUUGAAACUUGAAUGCACCUUCACUGCUUUGAGGUUAGGGUUGCCACCUGGACAAUUUUUCUCUGGCACAGCCUGUUUUUCCCUCAUAAUGCCAGCUGCCAGUUCGACCCUCACAUUGUUAAGCCUGAGGGCACGGGAUCAAAUCCCAGCCACGGCAGCCACAUCUUGAUGGGGGUGAAAUGGAAAAAAACACCUGUGUACCAUGCAUUGGGUGCACAUUAAAGAACCCUAGGUGGUCAAAAUUAAUCCGGAGUCCUUCACUACGGCGUGCCUCAUUGUCAAAUUGUGGUUUUGGCUCAUAGAACCCCCGAACAUAACUUAAAUUUUUAGCCCACACAUUGUUAUGCCAUUUGCCAGUUUUACGGUUCUCUCUAAACUGGCAAAAAACUUCCAUCACAAGUGCUCUGUUGUGCAUUCAUACAUAGCAAACAACUGAAUCAUUCCGAGCUGCUUUAUUCAUAACUUCUUUAAACUGUUCGCUGGUGUGAAACUGUCGCAUUAUUUUAAAUUGUCACUUUUGCUUCCGAGCUUUCUUUUGAGAGUCCAAGUGUGAUUCCUGCUUUUCUCUUAUGCGUUUUUCUUGGUGGCCACCCUCUGCUGAUGCUUGGCCUCAUGAGCAGAAUGGAUGCACAUUGUUCGUUCUUCUGCACCCACACAAUCCUGGGUUAUGAAAACCAUGCUCAGCGAGCUACUCAUUUUACCCGUUGGUAUUCUCAAGUUUUAACUGCAUACCAAAUUUUAUGUAAAGCCUGUCAAUAAACACCAUUUGGGUAAGAUUUCUACUAGGCAUAUCACCUGUUUUGUUUUUGUUUUGUUUGAAUUUUUGCAAAGAGUACUUAAAAAACAUGUACACCCCACCCCCUUCCUGGUGCUAUCUUCUUUUUCUUGGCCGAGGUGGCAAUCAUAAAUUUGAGAAAUGCCAUUACUGUGUUACCUCAUAUAUGUACACUUUACAGCCAAGUUGCUUUUUCACCUGUGCGAUACAUUUCCAUUUAACAUUCUCAUAAUUAGAUAUGCCCAUAAUAAUGCGUGAGAAUUUAAUUUACAUUAUGUUGUUCUAGAUGUAGUGUUUUCAUUGCACAUUAAUUGGCAGAUAUUCAGGAUAAUGUGGUCCCCAUUGCUGAUUUCCAUGGGAGCUGUGUUGGCAUUGUGUGUCCAGCGAUGUUCAGUUUGUUUCCAUCUGCAUGCUGCCCCAAUACUUAUGUAUAAAAAGAAAUUAUGUUGGCAGCUAGAGUUAUCGUUCAAGGCUCUGUCAUGGCAUUUGAUUUCUGCUCCCUUGUGUGGCUGUUUAAUGUUACAUAUUAAAGCUGUCGAUGUUUGUUGACAAUAAAAAAGUUUUGGCUGUGUUUUGCCUACCUGCCAAUCUC